UGGCCGUGCAUUUUUCCCUUCCCCCACUAUCCCCGCACGUCCUCCACGGCUUUCAUAGGCUGCGAGACGGACCUCCCCGCUUGAGGGACCUGUCGUCGAAUGUCAGAACACAUUCCAGCAUCUUUCUUCGCAGCGGUUCAUUCUGAAGACGGGGGACAGCUGCCUUGUGCGGCCGGGGAGGCGAGCGAUGGACUGGAGGACAUCGAAUCGGACGCAGUUGCUACCGUCGGGGUUGAGGCCGACGGUGAGCAUGGUGAGCAUGGUGAUUGCCAGAUUCGCCAGCCUGCUCUGCACUUUGCCGUCCCGGGUGAACGUCAGUGCGGGCAUGUCGGAAAUCCCACGGCAGGCGGUGGGCACUUGCCGGAGGAUCGUCUGCCACCGGAGCACGACGGGUGCGGUGCGCGUCUUGCCGUGCUAAACACAGGCGGGGACGUUCGUGGGAUCCUCGAAGGGACGACUGGUGGGAGCGAAGGGGUUGUCGAUACAGGCAGUGUCAACGAAGACGCGGACGAUACCUAGCAGACGCCACUUUCUGCAAGCCAAACGUAAGUUGCCGCAGAACAUGUCAGCCAAGACGUUGAUUGGCCUCGCGGCGGGAGUGGAGGGGCGGACGAGCAUGCUCAUGGAAGGCAAGGCGUUGAUGCAGAUGCUCCAGUCGGCGAUAAAACGACGACCAACCGCUGGAGCGACGAUGAAACGCUACUUCUCCUGAGGCUGAAGAAUGAGUUCAUGGACGCAAAAGGGGAUGAUUUGGAGGCGUUGGGGAUAGCUCGGGCCAGCCGGCGGAUGUGGCACGUCAUAAGUGCGCGGAUGCACCAGUCGAAGUACAAGCGAAGCCACCAGGAAUGCAAAAACAGGUGGCAUAACCUGAACAGGAUGUACAACUUGAUAAAUGACAACGACAAAC